AGAAAGCCUCACUUCCUCAAUUGUUCAAUUGUUCUUUAUUGAGUUGUCAACUGAUUGUAGAGGGGUAGUUAUUUCCUUACACUCUUUUCAGUUAAGAUAGAGUUUAAUGGGUAUAUAGGAAAAAAAUUGUGAAUGAUACAAUAUAUAGUGAUUCAGUUAUCAGUUAAUUUAUUAAUUCGAGUACGAAGGAUGCUGAUAAAUUUACACAUCUCAUUUGCAACCUGAAAAAAAUCGGAUUAUGUAAGUAAGAUAAUGUUUACGAUGAUGGAAUCGCUUGACAAGGGGGACACUCCUUCAAAGAAGACCAAUGUUUGGGAAGAUUUGGGUUCACCGCGUUGCAUAAUCGCGCCAAUGGUAGAUGCGAGUGAAUUGGCAUGGAGAUUGCUUAGUAGACGACACGGUGCCCAACUCUGUUACACGCCGAUGCUGCACUCCACCGUGUUUUGUCGAGAUCCCAAAUAUAGACGAGAGGCCCUUGCUAGCACCAGCGAGGAUCGUCCGUUAAUUGUGCAGUUUUGUGGAAAUGAUCCAGAUAUAUUAUUAGAAGCUGCACGUUUAGCUGAACCAUAUUGCGACGCAGUGGACAUCAAUAUUGGUUGUCCACAGGCAAUUGCAAAACGUGGACAUUAUGGAGCAUUUUUACAGGAUGACUGGAUUUUAUUAAAUAGAAUUGUGUCGACUUUAAAGAAUGGAUUGCAUAUACCUGUCACCUGUAAGUUACGAGUGUUCUCAGAAAUUAGUCGCACUGUGGAAUAUGCUCGCAUGCUACAGAAUGCAGGUGCUAGUUUACUUACUGUUCAUGGACGUACGAGAGAACAAAAAGGAUCAUUGACUGGAUUAGCAUCUUGGAAACAUAUUAAAGCUGUAAGGGAAGCCGUGGAAAUUCCGGUGAUAGCCAAUGGUAACAUACAAUGUAUGCAAGACUUACAGAGAUGCAUUGAAGAAACCCAAGUGCAGGGUGUGAUGUCAGCCGAAGGAAAUCUUUACAAUCCAUAUAUAUUCGAAUCUCGUUACCCCGCUUGUUGGGAGCCUGCUCUUGAGUAUUUGGAGCUCGUAGAGCAAUAUCCAGCACCGGCUUCAUAUAUCCGCGGUCAUUUAUUUAAGUUGUUCCAUCAUGUAUUUUGUUUAGCAGAAAAUCAAGAGGAGAGGGAGAAUUUAGCAACAAACUCCUCUAUGGAAUCUUUUAAAAGUGUUGUAUAUACUUUGAGAGAUCGUUACUUACCAUAUCAUGAAGGACAUUUAACAUGGCAGAUAGAAAAGACAAAUUAUAAUUUAGAAUUACCACCAUGGUUGUGUCAACCUUAUGUACGAGAGCCUCCACGAGAACAUAUACAGAAAUCACACGAAGAUGUACUUCGAAAACGGGAAUACAAAGAUGAGGACGGAAACGAAAUUUCGCGGAAACGUUCAAAAAAACUUAAACGAAUAGCGCGUAGACCGAAUAGAGCAACAUCUGUUCCUAAGAGAAGUUCGGAUCGGUGUCAUGCUUGUCCAAAUCCUCUGGGUUUUAAAUGCGAAUAUAAAUUAUGUCGGCAAUGCUGUAGAAAUAAAUGUUACAUAGAAAAUUUAGACUGUGCUGGUCACAGAAAUCUAACUAAGACGAGAAGGCAAAUGGCAAAAGAAUUUGAAGCAAAACGUAAAAGCAUUGAAAAUACGAUGACACUAUGUUAAAAUAUUUUAAAUAAAACUAUAUAUUAUAUUUUAA